CGCGAUUAUAACACAGAAUUAGGGUUUUGACUCUCGGAUUAUUUCCUUGACCUCCUCUGUAUUCAUUCACUCUGAAGCUUGGCUUGCUGGCUGCAGCUAAGAUGGGGCAUUCUAAUGUGUGGAAUUCUCACCCUAAGAACUACGGCCCUGGUUCUCGCACCUGCCGGGUGUGUGGAAACCCACAUGGAUUGAUUAGGAAAUACGGGCUCAUGUGCUGCAGGCAGUGUUUUCGCAGCAAUGCCAAAGAAAUCGGCUUUAUUAAGUAUCGUUAAAAGGCUAUUCCCACACCCUUGGUAGGGUAUUCUUGGAGAGUGAUGGAAGAAUUCUAGACUUUUACUUUGGUUUUUGAUGUUUUUAUUUGGAACUACUAGAAUGUCAGGAUGCAUUGGAUUCUGAGAAUUCCUCCAUAAAUUGUCAUAUUCUUUUAUAAAAGAGCUACUUGGUUUCCUCAUAUAUGGGAUGUGCAUGAAAUUGUUUUGUUCCCCUCAAGCUAACUUUUACUCGAGAAAUGAUGGGCAGCUGUAUAUAUAGUGCUAGAAACUAGUAAGGUUUUAUUUAUAAAGAGAUGGACGUAUGUCGAAUUUUA